UCUUGUUCGUUUUGAACGAUAUUUUCCCUUCCCUUUCGAUUCCUGCCAGCAGCAAUCAUGGAUACAACUACCAUUACCACUCCCACUACCAUCGUCCUCGUCCACGGCGCCUGGCACCAACCAUCUUCCUACAGUUCAUUCAUCACCGCCCUUCGCCGCCUCGGCCACGAAGUCCACGCCCCCCGCCUCCUUUCGAUGAACGGCGCUCGGCCUCCAAACGCCGGUCUCAAGGAGGACAGCGAUCUAAUCCGCACGUACGUGGAGAGCCUCGUCUCUGCCGGCCGCGAGGUUCUGGUCCUACUCCACUCCUACGGCGGCCAGGUGGGGACCAACGCCCUAUCCAACGGGCUUGGAGUCACCGCCCGUCGCGCGCAGGGCCUCCCCGGCGGCAUCGUUCAACUCGUCUAUAUCGCCGGCUUCGCCCUCACCGAAGGUGUCUCCAUGAUCGACGUCGUCGUCUCGCACGGCCACGGCCACCUGAUGGAUUUGGCCUUUGACUUCGCCGAAGACCGGACAUGUAUUUCCCGAGACCCUAGGAAUCUCAUCGUCGGACCAUCUCAGAAAUCUGACGUGGAGACCGACGCCUACAUUGCCACCUUCCAGCGGUGGAAUGGAAACGGGUUUGAUACCAAGUUGCAGAAUGUCGCCUGGCGGCCGGAGGAGGGCGGCAUUCCGCAGAUCGGAUACAUCUACUCGUCCCAGGACAUGACGGUGCCCUUGGAUUACCAGAAGGAAUUUGUCAAGACGAUGCAGGACGCUGGAUGUAAGGUGCGUACCUGGGAGUUGGAGACAGGCCAUUGUCCCUUGUUCACUAAGUGUGGGGAGGUCGUGGAAAUCGUUCACAAUUUAGCGAUCGGAAAGUAAUUAUUACUUCUUGACUUUAACUUAUACGACUGUUGAUAAUUGCUCUCUUAUUCUUGUUCUACUUUUCUCUCUCUCGGAAUACAGUCGAUAGAUGCCCAAUUAGAGAGGAGACGCAAAGUGUUACCUCUCCACAUUUGGUCCAACCAGCUAUAAAAGCGAGCUGGUAAGGAUUGCUGAAUGGGGGUCUGCGUUUCUUUUUUCCCUUGUAGUUUCUUUCUCUGUA